AAUCAGAGACCAAUACAGUAUUACAGGGCGGAAAUGUUUGUGUAAUCGGUAAUCCCAUUGGAUCCAUGGAACGUCACUCAAAUACGAUCACGGAAGGAGCAACAGCAUGGCUACAAGCGUGUGAGAGAAGGUGUUGUAGCUCAUCCUGGUUCAGUGUAGACCUGCACCGGUGUAGACUGUCCUGCGCACAGCCGUGACCCAGACAGAACGAACCAGUCGGCCAUGUUGAGUGAGGGCAAGGCAGGGGAGCUCCUCUCAUUCCUGGGCGCGGACACCCGCCCGGACGUGAAAAGCCACGCUACCGGCUACCUGCUGGGCCUCUCCGGAUCCAGGGACGGCUGCCGCAGCCUCCGCUCCCAGCCCCAGCUCCUCCACGCCCUCCGCGACCUGACCUCCGACCCCUCCAUCGCCAUAGCGAAGGACUGCUUCCACGCCCUGGUCAACCUCUCUGCCGACGAGACGCUGCACCAGGUGCUGCUGUCGGACCAGGACUUCCUGCCGCCGCUGCUGCGGAACCUGUUCGACCCCUCCUUCCUGUUCUCGGACCGCGUGAGCACCAUCCUCACCAACCUGUCCCGGCACCGGCCCAGCUGCGGGCCGGUGCUGCAGGCCGUGCAGCAGCAGGAGGGGGGGAUGGCUGGGCUGGUGGAGCUGUUCUGCUCCGAGGGCCCCCAGCAGGCGGCCCCUCUGCACUACCUGGGGCCACUGCUGGCCAACCUCUCCCAGCUGCCUGAGACCAGGGCCUUCCUACUGGACCAAGACAGGUGUGUGAUCCAGAGGCUCCUCCCCUACACGCAGCAUGACUCCGCCAUCAGACGGGGGGGCGUGAUUGGUACACUGAGGAACUGCUGCUUCGACCACGCCCACCAUGAGUGGUUGCUAGGCGACGCGGUGGACAUCCUGCCCUUCCUGCUGCUCCCGCUGGCGGGGGGGGAGGAGCUUAGCGAGGAGGAGAACGAUGCGCUGCCCCCCGACCUGCAGUACCUGCCGGAGGACAAGCAGAGGGAGGACGACCCCGACCUGAGGACCAUGCUGCUGGAGACGCUGCUGCUGCUCACAGCCACCAAACAUGGCCGGCAGGUGAUGAAGAAUGUUUAUCCCAUCAUGAGAGAGUUCCACAAGUGGGAGAAGGAGCCUCAGGUGGUGUCAGCCUGCGAAAAGCUGGUCCAGGUGCUGAUUGGGGACGAGCCGGAUGAAGGGAUGGAGAACCUGCUGGAGGUGGAGAUCCCAGCAGAGGUGGAGGAGAAGCUGAAGGACGCAGAUAUUAAAGAGGAAGAGCAGAUGAAGAGAGAGGAGGAAGAACUGCAGAAAAAGCAAGGGGAAGAAGAGGAGAGAAAGGAGGAGGAGGAGAGAUUGAGAACAGGAGGAGAGAGGGAGGACUAGAGGAGAGAGAACAAGAGGAGGAGAGGUAAAGAGGAGAGGGAGGACUGGAGGAGAUUCUGAUGGACUCAAGACACAACCCUACUUCUGUUUAACAGAACACAUAACCACCAAGUCAAUGACCACUGUGGGACCUCUAACACAUCAGACACAGUUGUAGUUCCAGACCAGAAAUCCACAUUUAUUAAAAAUAAACGUUUCAUUUAGUUUUCA